CCGGCCCGGGCAAGAGCCGGGGACAGUUCCCAGCGCUCGGCCCUGGUGAUGCGGCCGGGCAUCGCCCUCUCCGCAGGUGUAUCGAGCGCUGGGUCCCCGCGCAUUCGUUGGGUGAGCGGGAACGUUGCUAAGCCAGGACGUCGGAGGAGGACAAGGCACCCAUACCGCCACCCUUCGCCUGUUUUUCCCUUGUUGGGGCCUCCUGGGAGGUCCUCGUCGCCACCGCUGGAUCCGCCGCGGCACAUCCUGGGAAGGACGCGCCCGGGGAGACGUCCUGCCCUUCGCCCGUUGUUUCGCCUUCUUGGGAGCCUCCCAGGAGGCCCUCGUCGCCACCGCCGGAUUCGCCUCGGCGAGCCUAUAGACCCCUCCGCAGCCAUUUUGGCUCAAGCCGCUUGGCUCAGGCAAGUCCCAGGACCCCGCGCAAAAUCCCACCCCAUUGGCCAUCACUCUGGCUGGGCCGCCGCUCUCCAUGGGCCGUGCCGCACGCCAAUGCCAUGCGCCCGUCGGCGCGCCAGCCCCCUGGGCCUCACUCUUAUGCUGAAUUGCCGCGGGACGAGGAGGACGAGUCGCUCGAAGAGUCCGCCACCUCGCGCUCUCCGCUUUGUGACGAGCUGGCCGAUGAUGGCCUUGAGGUUAUACCUCCCACCGGCGCCAAGUGGUACGUGUGGUACGUACCCCGGAGGUGGUAUGUUCCCUGGGCCGUUGCAGCAUUGCUUUUGGCGGCCGUCGUGGCUGCUAUCAUCAACAUGGACGCGUGUGCACGACAAGGGCCAGAAUACGGCUGGCUCUGCUGGGAGCCACAGGGCAGCACUGCUGUGGAUGCCGCCGCCGUGCGCGGCCGAGAUAGGCGCCCUCGAGCGGUGACGCCAACGACGCUCGCCGUGCAUGCCGAGGCGACGAAAGACACGAGCACUACGUCCGCGCGGUCCACCAGCACUGCGUCCGCGUGGACCCCGACCGUGACGGCCACAGCCAGGCUGGCCCGUGGCCAAGCCGCACUGCCGCGUGCUGCUGGCGCACCCUUCCCGGCGAGGAGCACCGACCCCGCGGCGAGCGGUGCGGGAGGCCAGGGCCAGCCAGGCACGCUCUUCUGCUUCUGCCUCAUGUGGCUCGGCGGCGAGGAGCACGCCCUCCUGGCCGAGCAGCUCCGGCGGGGCGUCGGCGUCUUCGGCUGCGACGACUUCGGCGUGUACACCGGCGGCUCCAAGAGCCUGACCUUGGGGCUGACGCCGAGCGGCAGCGUGGUGGCGACCUUGGCGGUGCCGGACCUGCCUCUGCCGCACGCGAAGGACCACCACGGAGAGGGCGGGCUGACCACUCGCUCGUGGCUCAACGUGCCCACAUGGGUCAGGCUCUGGACGGAGGUCGGCGCGGACCGUCGCGCGGCCGCUAGGGCCUGGACGGUCAAGGUCGACCCCGAUGCGGUGGUCCUGCCCGGGCGCCUGCGUGCCCACCUUGCAGUCUUCGAUGCGUCGCGCCUGCUCUACGUCCGCAGCGCGGACUGCUUCGGGGAGGAACUGCACGUCUUGGGGGCCCUCGAGGUGCUGUCGUCGACAGCGCUGGAGGUCUAUACAGCCGGCAUCCAGCUCUGCUACCACGAGCUGCCAUGGUCGGGGUGGAGCGAAGACUACUUCACAGAGCACUGCCUUCUGCGCCUUGGAGUCGACUCUGUGGAAGACCUCUUCCUGGUGAGCGACAAGAGCUGCCACCACGCCGUCCACAGCUGCAUCGACCAGAGGUGGGCGGCCUACCACCCCCUUACGAGCACGUGGGACCAGAACGUCUGCGUCGCGCAGGGCCUCUCGCGCGGGGCGAAGGCGAGCGUCGGACCAGGGCGGCCGCCUCGUCGCCUGCAAGAGCGCCGUGGCGGCCCCGCGGGGCUCAUGCGAAACCGGCCAGCCCCAGGAGGAGAAAAAAAAGGUGUCCUGUCUUCGGGGGCCCUGAUUCUCGCACACAGGUUCGGCCGUGGAGCACGGCGGGGUGUGCAGCACCGUGCUGCGGCCGCGCGCACGUCGGUUUGACCCCAAAGGGGGUGCUUGGUGUAAUAGACUAGUCGGGUUGCAGCGCACGUGGGGCGUGCAAUGCAUUCUGGGGCGCGAACGUGCUGCUGGAUUCUCGCGUGCAACACGUUACCUGCAACACAGUGCA